GAGGAUCUCUGCCUCAUACAGCGUGUCUGUAUCAGAUGAGAAGGGAGGGGGGUUCACCCAGGAUUCCCUUGAAGCUGCUCUCCAGGAAAAAGAAAUGUUACCAGAUUUUGUUUGUUCCUCGCUUACCCGAUAGGAUCAGCGCUGCUGCUUUAUCUUGUAUCAUCGUUUCGAUAUAUAUUUUUUUUAGAAGAUGCUGAAACGGGCAAGAAAAGUGAGGCCGAUUAUGUCGGGAAUAGACACUUUGAAAUAACAAGAUGCGUUGUAGGAAUCAGUCAAAUCAAUAGCGAAAAGGUCGAUUUAAUGCAAAGGUUUCUUUUUAAAAAAAAAGUUCUUUGAAUGCUGAAACGCAGGAGCUAUACGUUGACAGAAGAAUGGCAAAGUAGCCUGUUUAUCUCUUUGAUUGCAUCAAUAUUUUAAGUCCUAAUCAAUAUCUGAACGGUCUAUUAAGUUAUUAAAGCGUAAAUGUCCAAAAACAUUCCAGAGAGGCAAGAGUUUUGCUCACCAGGUUCUGAAGUAAAAGUUUUAUCUCAUUUAUAUAAUAUCGCAUCUGCUUCAUAUAUUGCUUACAGAAGGCUGGUGCGAGCACAGAGGUGAAAUGUGAUUUUACUAAUAUUUUCAAACAUCUCAAAAACAGGACGAGGGCUUGCGGAGUUUUUUUUUGUUCCAUUUGCGUGAGCGUUUGCUUAAAGAUAUCAAGGACAGUAGCAAGGGGUCUGUCUGAAAAACUCCAGAGAGCUAGGCUAUAUGAAGAUCGCGACACAGUUGUUGGUCUUCCCUCGCAGAAAUGCCAGUGCGUGCUGUGACCACCAGGUUCAUGUACAAGGGACUUUGCACUAUUCCAGAUGUCCUCUCCUACCGGACACCUGUAAUCCUGCCUGAGGACGAGGUGGAAGAGAUUCGUGAGGCUUUCAAAGUAUUUGACCGAGAUGGGAAUGGCUUCAUCUCAAAGCAGGAGCUGGGGAUGGCCAUGCGCUCACUGGGCUACAUGCCCAAUGAAGUGGAGCUGGAGGUUAUCAUCCAAAGACUUGAUAUAGAUGGUGAUGGUCAAGUUGGCUUUGAAGAAUUUGUCACAUUGCUUGGUCCAAAACUCUCCUCUGCUGGGAUGCCUGAUAAGUUCCACGGAGCAGACUUUGAUUCAGUGUUUUGGAAGUGUGACAUGCAGAAACUGACUGUGGAUGAGCUUAAGAGACUGCUUUACGAUACCUUCCGUGACCACCUCACCAUGAAAGACAUCGAGAACAUCAUCAUGACAGAGGAGAGCCACCUGAACAGUCCUGAGUCCCAUGUGGACAUUGAUACAAGCCCAACACAACAGGAAAAACACACGUGUGUGCGUAAAAGCCUGAUUUGUGCCUUUGCCAUUGCAUUUAUCAUCAGUGUUAUGCUCAUUGCAGCAAAUCAAAUGCUCCGCAGAGGAAUGAAGUAAAUACUUGUUUCCAGCUGGUUACAAAGAAAUCAAAGGAAAGACAAUGAAAAAGCAAAUAUUAACCAAAAUACUUGACUUGUUUUUGGUUUUGUUCAAUGUUUUCAACACCCACGGUGAUGCUAUCACAGCUUCUCUCUCUAAUGGAUGAAAUGAUGUCAUCAUAGUAUAUCAUGGUAAAACAGAAAUAAUGAAAGAAAGACAUGUCAAGGGCUGAUUAGUAUCCUAGAACCGUAGCAUUUCAUUGAUUCAAAUUUCUCAUGUUUUCUAAGAAAUAAGAUAAGGAGCGCAGACUCUAGAAGACUUCAAUUUGUCAGUGUACAGUAUGUGCUGUAGUAAUAGCUGUGCUGUGUCUAAUAUAUAAAAAAACAAUUCAUGUUGUUCAUGAGAACUGUCAUUCGGAAAGUACCCAAUUAUAUACUGAUGAUAGUAAUUAAGCAAUACAAAAGUGUUGGUGAGCUACAUAUUAAGGAGUUUAAAAUCACUCACUUAAUCGUGAG